AUGAAAAGUGCUGUUGAAGAGAUCGAAGAAAGAUUUAAUUAUGGAAUAGUUAUUGACUUGCAUGGACAUGGACAUCCAGAAAAUUAUAUUGAAUUAGGUUACGUUUUAUCAUCUGAAAUAUUAUCUUUGCCAACCAAUGAGCUCAACUCUGAUCAAUCAAUCCCAUCAAGAUCAAGCAUAAGAGCUUUGUAUACUAGGAUGCAAUCAGCUUUAAAUUUUGUUGAUUUAUUACUUGGCGAGACAACUUCUUUUGGUGGUAUAUUGCAAUCUUAUGGUUAUGGUACAAUACCAUCUUAUGCUCACCCGUAUCCAAAGCAAAAUGAAAGAUAUUUCCAUGGUGGUUACAUUGUACAAAAAUACGGUUCAAGACACGGAGAACAAGUUGUCGAUGCGAUACAAAUUGAAUUGCCAAGAAAAAUAAGACUUGGAAGUAAGGAAACAAGAGAAACAUUUACUAAAACUUUAUCAAAUACCGUCUCAUGGCUUCUAAAAGAAUAUUAUUUACGAAAACCAGGAAAUCUUAAUCAAGCUAGUUAG